GGAGGAUCUGGCCGCCAUUGAUGGGCGAGAGGAGAGAGAAAGGGGAAGAAGGAGAACCGGAAAAUGAAGAUGGUGGACUCACGGCGAGUCCGUCUCAUCCAAAACUUUACCUUUUUCAUUUCGAUUCAAUUUAAUCAAUUUCAAGAUAAAGAUAUAAUCUGUAUCAAACGUAAUACGUCCCACUUCUACAAGUUGCUCAUGAAUGUCAUGAUGCUUAACGCAAACAAAACAAAGCACAUACUCCGUAACAAUUAACAAAGGUCCAAUAGACCCCAUCAGCAUCCCAUGAAUAUAAUCGCCAACUUCGCCAUCAAUAAAUUCACAACUUCAUCACAUUAUUUAUCAGUACUCCGUAUCAUCAGGACCAUAAUCCCUUUCCUCAGCUCUCUUGUUAAUGCUCCAAAUACAAAUACUUCAUUAAUUUUUUAAUUCAAAAAAAAUAAAAAUAAAGUCACACUCUUUCUUCUCACACUCUCUCUCCUUCCCCUGCUCCUCUUCCCACUGUCUGAAGAUUUGCAGCUCAAAAAACUAAAAACAAACGUCAAACUUCAAAAUAACUUCAGAAAAAGAGUGCCUAAACUUCUCUCGAAAACUCCGGCAACAUUUUCCGGCAAGAGGAGAGAGAAAUGGCGGCGGCGUUGGAGUGCUGGUCGAGUAGAACGAGCACAGAAGAGGACACCGUUGAGCAAGUGUUAAUGCGGUCCAGUGACAGAUCGGAGGGCUCUCCAGAAGCUUCUACGGCGGCGAAAGACCCUUCUUCGUCGGCGAUGCAAAAGCGAUUUCAACGACUGAGUCGAAACGUUUCUGAAGCGAUCGCCUCGUUGAAGAACUCACUGAAUCUUGACUCAGCACGUGACCCACCUCCUUCCAAAAUCGACGGUCACCGUAAGAUUGUUUGGGGCAGUGUUGUUCGUAGUCUUACUCAGCUUUAUCCGGGCAGCCAACUGCCUGAAAAACUCGUUUAUAAUAUUCGCAAGCAUUAUGAUUCAAUGCCAUUGAGUUAUGCUCAAGCUGGGUUUGAUAUGAAAGAUGUGUUUGUUCAUAUACGAUUGAUUGAACAAGCAUGUAGUGAGGAGCAACCUGCUGUAAUAAUUCAAGAAAUUUCUGAGAAUGAAGUUCAAGGGGUUGUUUAUAAGAUUACAUUUGCUUGUAAUUCAUCGAUCUCGUGGCCGGCGGUGUCGGGAGCGUUAGAGAAUGGUUCAAUGUGUUGUAAGAAGAUACAGAUCUUUGAGAGGAAGAGUUCUACUUUAGGAAUACUUCAUGUUUUAGUGCAGAGUGGGCAGGAGAAGAGUUUUAAGACUCGUAUUGAGAAUGCGUUGAAGGCGGCUUCUAAGAAGCCAAAAAUUAGUAAUAGGAAGCUCCCAUUUGGGCUUUGUGGGUGUCAGGACGAGAAUGGUAGAGGGAGGGAUUUUGGGGAGAUAGAGGAGGAGUUUGGGGAUCAUAGUUAUAGGAAUAGUGUUGAGUGUUCGAGUGAGAGUAUUGAGCUUUCACUGCCUUUGUCGACUUCUUCCAUUGUGGUUUCGGUUGAUGAAUGGCAGACUGUGAGGGCAGGUGGGGAUGAGAUUGGGAAAUGGUUGUUGAAUACGGAGAGUGUUGAGUUUGGUGAUCAAAUUGGAACGAGCUCUUUUAAGGGGGUUUAUAAGGGUAAGAAGGUUGCUAUUGAAAAACUAAAAGGAUGUGAUAAGGGGAAUGCAUAUGACUUUGAGCUCAGGAAAAAUUUAUUAGAGCUUAUGACUUGUGGGCAUAAGAAUGUUGUGCCUUUUUAUGGUGUAUGUGUAGACGAGAAUCAUGGGCUUUGUGUUGUUACUAGAUUUAUGGAAGGGGGAUCAAUUCAUGACUUAAUGUUGAAGCACAAGAAGCUUCAAAUCAAGGAUAUAAUGAGGAUUGCUGCUGAUGUUGCAGAAGGUUUAAAGUUUAUGAAUGAUCACGGUGUUGCAUACCGGGACCUGAAUUCCCAAAGAAUCUUAUUGGACCGCCAGGGCAGUGCUUAUUUAGGGGAUGUGGGAAUAGUCACUGCUUGCAAGAGCAUUGGUGAGGCCAUGGAAUAUGAGACUGAUGGUUACCGGUGGCUUGCUCCUGAGAUCAUUGCAGCUGAUCCUGAAAGCGUUAGUGAGACAUGGAUGAGUAACGUAUACAGUUUUGGAAUGAUAAUUUGGGAAAUGGUGACUGGUGAGGCUGCCUACUCUGCAUACUCACCUGUCCAGGCAGCUGUUGGAAUUGCUGCUUGUGGCCUUAGACCUGAAAUUCCUAAAGAAUGCCCUCAAGUCUUGAAAUCUCUCAUGAUGAAGUGCUGGAACAAUUGCCCUUCAAAGCGACCUCAAUUUUCUGAAAUACUCUCUAUACUGCUGCGGCCUAACAACAUUAGUACCAUAAACCACAGGUGAAAGUACAAUCUACCAUGAUAAUUUAGUUUCUAUAUCUGAUUUGCAAAUUUUCAUGUAAAAAUGUGCCUGUUUGCCUUGUUACAUCCCCUCAUGGAUGUAAUGCAAGUUUGUAUUCCUCAAUGGUGAAUGAAAAUUAUAGUUUUGUUCUGGCCACUCCACUUUAUAACAGUCUGCUGUCAGUGAAAAAUGGACAUAGUUAUCUUGUGGAUAGCAUCAUCAUCGCUCGUGUUACACAUAUAAUUUGAACAUGAUGCUGAGAUAUCACAUCAUUUCUUCGUUUGUGCCA